AAGUGCGUCGUUGUACUUCCGUAUCGAGGCACCGCUUCAGUAAAAGGCGGGUAAAUACUGAUAAGGAGUCGACAGCUGUUUGCAGUUUAGCUGCAGUAGUUCGUCCGUCUCUCCCUUCCUGCCAGCGGGAGGACAGCGCCGAUAAACAGUCGGCAGUAAUGGCGUGUAAAAGAGGAGCUCUCAUUGUGCUGGAGGGAGUAGACAAAGCCGGGAAAACGACGCAGUGCAAGAAGCUGGUCCAGGCGCUGCAACAGAGCGGCCGACCCGUAGAGAUGAUGAGGUUCCCCGACAGGACCACGACCAUUGGACAGCUGAUAAGCGCCUACCUGGAGAAGAAGAGUGACCUGGAGGACCACACAGUGCACCUGCUGUUCUCUGCAAACCGAUGGGAACUGGUGCCGUUAAUGAAGAAGAAGCUGGACCAAGGCACCACUCUGGUAGUAGAUAGGUACGCCUUCUCUGGAGUUGCGUUCACCAGUGCAAAGCCGGGUUUCUGUCUGGACUGGUGUAUGAAACCGGAUGUGGGAUUGCCAAAGCCGGACCUUGUUAUGUUUCUACAGCUGAGCCCAGCUGAGGCUGCUCUCAGAGGUCAGUUUGGAGAAGAGAGGUAUGAGACCAGUGUUUUCCAGAGAGCGGUUCAACAGAAAUUUGAACAUCUGAUGAAGGAUCCUUCAGUCAACUGGCAGGUCAUUGAUGCUGCUCAGAAUGUUGAGGAUGUGCACAAGGACAUCACGACCCACAGCCUUAAUGCCAUCAACACAGCUCAGAACCUGCCACUUGAAGAGCUAUGGAAGUGAACCUGAAGCAGUCUGAGUCAAACUGUUUGGACACCGACGGUCUGUUGGUACAGCAACUACUUUGCAAAAGCCCCCUUUUUUUUUUUACUUGACAUUGUUUGAAUGUGGAAGAGAAAUGCUUUGGGUGUGAUUCAAAUAUAAUUCUUAUACUGUCUUGAAAUUGAGUAGAACCAUUGUCCAUCAGAUUCUGAUUUUAUUUUUAGGUUUUAAUCCUCUUACAUGGUCUAUUGUUCUUUCACCUGUCUAUAUAUUGUAUUGAUUAAAUAAAUAAUCUUCAAAUGAA